GCAGCGCCGUCUGCUUUGGAUUCUGUGCAGUCAUUCUGGCGGACGACAGAGAAAACUGAACCCGAGCAGGCUGGCAGGAUGUCAGCAUGUGUGGAGGCUGAGAGGACACCGGUCAGUGGUUAGUGUUUCCUGUUCAGGAGCGUCCCGCGGUACACACGGGAAACAGACAGCAGUUGUUCCGAAGACAACACCGAGAAUGGACGACUGUGCUCAGCAAAGGCCACUGUUUACCUUCGGCGUCAUAGCUGACAUCCAGUACGCAGACAUCGACGACGGGUUCAAUUACACCCGGACGAGGAGGCGGUACUACCGGAGCAGCCUCCAGCUGCUGAGAAAUGCCCAGGAAAGUUGGUCAGAGUCGGCUGUCAAACCGGAGUUCAUCCUCCAGCUGGGAGACAUCAUCGACGGCUUCAACAAGGGCCACGACGCCUCUGAUCGAGCGCUGGACACCGUGCUCAGGCAGUUCGGCUCCAGCCCCGUGGAGGUCCACCAUGUGUGGGGCAACCACGAGUUUUAUAACUUCAGCAGGAGCUCGCUGCUGAGCUCCAAGCUCAACAGUUCACUGCUCGGUGACCGGAGCCGGAGCGGAGCCCGGGCCGGGUCCGAUAUCUACGCCUACCACUUCAGCCCGUUCCCCGGCUUUACGUUUGUAGUGCUGGACGCCUAUGAUGUGAGCCUGCUGGGCAGAGAGGAGUCCAGUGAAGAGUACCGGAGCGCUUUGAGUUUAAUCAAACAACACAACAACAACGAGGACCUCAACUGUCCUCCAGUGCUUGAGGGCCUUCAGCAGAGGUUCACGAUGUUCAACGGAGGGUUCAGUAAGGACCAGCUGGACUGGCUGGAUUCUGUGCUGUCGUCAGCUGAUGAGAAACAGCAAAGAGUCACUAUUGUCAGUCACCUCCCUGUCCACCCCUGCUCCACCACACCCAUCUGCCUCGCCUGGAACUACGACGAGCUCCUGGCCAUCAUAAGCUCCCACAGCAGCGUGGUGUGUGUCAUGGCUGGACAUGACCACGACGGCGGAUACUACUGGGACAAAGACACAGGGGUGCACCACCUGACGUUAGAGGGGGUGAUCGAGACUCCGCCUGACGACAACGCCUUCGGCACAGUGUCUGUGUACGAGGACAGAAUGGUGCUGAAAGGGAGCGGGAGGAUCUCGAAUCGAGAGUUCCUGUUUUCACAAUGCCACAGUGACACAGAUGAUAGGGCAGGGUAACAUGCAUCUGUCUCCCAUAGCACAGCACAGGUCUCUCCAUGUUUUCAUCAGCUGAUUCAAUGAGUAGGAUGUAUUUUAGUUAUUAUUAUGAAAUCACUUUGGUAUGACGGAGGAUAAAAAAGAAAUCUGAAAUUCCGAGAAUAAAGUCAUAAUAUUACGAGAAAAAUCUUACGAGGAUUAAAAUGUAAAUAUUCAAGAGAAAAAAACAUAAUUUUUAGGAAUAUUACAUCAACCAAUCAAACGGGUAAAAGGACAGUCUUCGGAUAUUUCCCUCUAAAACAACAACUUACCUAAAAUUACCACUUUAUUCUUGUAAUAUUAUGACUUGUUUUCUUGAAAUAUUAUGAUUUUAUACUGAAAAUUACGACUUUAUUCUCGAAAGUGUCAGUUUUUUUGUCCUAAGUGUGGCUCCGUCGUACUUUAGUAACAGAAGUCCUAUAACUUUACAUUGUUUCAGUUACAUUUAAAGGACUGACAGGUACACAGAUACACAUGCACUAUGCUGUGUUUGUAGAUGCAACCUGUCACCUCCUCUUACCUCAGCAGAACAAAUGCAGUACCUCAAAUCAUUUACUGUACCUGAGUUCAGAUUUUUAAUUUUUUUUAAAAAACCUAUCUGAUACACUGGUUGUUUUAAUCUGGAGGUUUAUUGAUAAAAGUUGCAUAUUUAUUUAUAUAUUUUAAGGAGGAAUUGCUGCCUUUUUGAUUUUCUUAUACUGAUUUGCUGAGUGACAUACUGGAGAAAUUUGAAAAGUGCAGUGUAUUGAUAAGUAUAAUUGAUUUAUUGCCCAGUUUUGAGGUGAUAAGAGCAAAUCUGUAUUAUUUACAAUGUAAAUCAAUACAAUGAAUAAUAAAAAUCUUUAC